AUGGCUACCUACCUUUUCCCCAAAACCCUGUGUCAUGAGAUGGAUCAGGCUGUCCGGAAGUUCUGGUGGAUGGGUAGUGAGUCUAAGGAUCGGUUCCUAGCUCUUUGUGAUUGGAACUCUCUUUGCUUACCUUUGGAUAGAGGUGGGCUUAAUUUCAAGAAGUUCGGAGAUGUUAACCUUGCCUUGGUGGCGAAGCUUGGUUGGAAACUUGCAAAGGAGGAGGAUUCCUUAUGGUGUAAGGUCUUUAAGGCUAAGUAUUGGGGGAAUAGGGAGCAAGCAUUUUGGAAUUCGGAUUUGCCAAGGAAUGCUUCUUUCGGGGCCAAAGGUAUCAUGGCGACGAGGGAUUUGAUUCGAAACGAAGCUUGUUGGAUCCUUGCGGACGGGGGGAAGGUGGAUCUGUGGGCCUCCCCAUGGAUACCUUGGCUAGAUUGGGAUAAGUCUAGAGCUGCCUUCAAUCCAUUGUGUGUGCCGAAUCCAAUCAAGGUCUCUACCCUGAUUGGAGCGGAUGGUGAGUGGAUAGCUAGUUCGGUUCAAAGAUGGUUUGUGCCAAGUGUGGCUAGCUCUCUGCAUCGAAUUCAGUGGUUUCCAAGCUCUCAAGAUGAUCUUCUCGUGUGGAAAGAUGCUACUAAUGGUAUGUUCUCCCCUAGCGUGGCAGAUAUCAUUCCGUUUGGGAACCGGCUUCAAAGGAUCUUCAGAAAUAGCACUAGAUGUGUGAUUUGUGGUGAAGCGGAGGACUCGGCCCUACACCUAUUCUUCAAGUGUCCGCUUGCUAAGGCCGUGUGGUUUGCAAGUCGUUGGGCUAUUAGAAGUGAUACACUUAACUUUGGUGCUCCUAGAGACAUGGUGGUGUGGCUCUUAUCUCCGGAGUUCUUGCAAGGUGCUGAUGUUGAAGUCUCGGGUGAGCUUUGGAGAUUUGGGGUUUGCUUGUUUGAUGCUUUGUGGACUGCCCGCAAUAGAGCUUUUCACGAUCAGAUUAGUCCUACUUGGAGAGGUGUUCUUGCCAAGGUGACUAGUGCUACUGCCUACCUCCACUCGGCUUGGGAGUCUCCUACAAAUGCUGGUGGUCUGCAGCACAACCCUGCUACAAUAUACACAGGUAAUCCGGUGUUACUAGUGGAUGCAGCGUUCAAGGAUCUUCGUGCUGCAGCUGGGAUAGUGGUGGCUAUCUCGGAGGGCAAUUUGUCAGAGGCUAUGGCUGUGUGUUAUGAGGCAAACCAGCCGCUGGAGGCUGAAUUGGUGGCGUUGGUUAAUGCGGUGAAGUGGUGCACUAUGAGGGGCUGGAACCUGAUGGUUAUUGCCUCGGAUUGUCAACUGCUGGUGCAUGGUUUACAUGCUCGGAGGACUCUGGAUUGGCGGCUGGCUGGUGUUUUCUGGCAGCUGGUGGAGAUGCUCGAUGCACUCCCCGAUGUGAAGAUCGAAUGGACACCCCGUGCAGGUGUUCUAGCUGCUCACAAGCUUGCAAAGUGGGCGUUUUCAAAUUCGGUUUCUGGCUUGUUUUCUGCAGAGGACUUGGUCCCUCUUGUGGCCAUGUGA